AUAAUGGAGACUCGAAUUUUUUCGGAGGUUAUAUCUGACAUGUCAACAACAUUUCUGUCGGAACAUAAUAAAAAUGUCGUUAUACGAUGAUUUUGACAAGCAUCGAACCACGGAAAAAGUCGCGGGUUGGUCCUCAGGUAUCAAAUUAUUACAAUCGCAGCUUCAGUUAAAAAAAGCAGCCACUACUCAGCCGAAAAGAGAGCAGUUCAGAAAAGCAGCGGCAGUUUUGGCACCUGUUAUCGACUUGAAAUCAAAAACAAACAGAGAUGGGGAAAAAGAGGAAGAUCCACAAACGGGUAAUACCCUGACGUUGACAGGAACAAACAGCGUCGGAGUUGGUGGAGAGUAUGAUUGGAAUGUAAUCAAUGAAUAUGAUCCUAUGUGGCCAAAUGAAUACGAAAAAGUUGUUAAGGAAUUACGCGAUAUUCGUGAUAGAGAACACGAUCAAGAAAAUGAAUUACGAAAACGCAGGAGAGACACUACCAGAUUUGAGGACACACAGACAUCACCUGGGCACACAACGAUGGUUGCUCCAGAAAGGGAUGAGGAGAGGACGCCAACGUCGAGGGGUGUGAGUGGUGGAGCAGCGAUAGCGCCUCCUCCUUCUCUUCAAGAUACGGCAGAUUUAGCGCCUCCUCCACCCCCACCAAGACCUACCGCAUCUAACCUGGGAUAUGGAUCUUCCUCUGUUGCUGCAAAGAUUAUGGCAAAAUAUGGAUUCAAGGAAGGUCAAGGUCUUGGUAAGAAAGAACAGGGUAUGUCUGUUGCUCUACAAGUGGAGAAAACGAGCAAACGAGGUGGCAGGAUUGUUGGCGAAAGAGAACAAUUAAUGCCUCCUCCACCACCCAUGGUACCUUCGCCACCUCCACCAGUUGGCCCAGUUUCACAAUCAUUAGUACCUCAAGAAGAGCCGAGCAUUACGGAAAUCAUGAAAUCCCCAAGCAAGGUUGUGCUGUUGCGGAAUAUGGUGGGGCCGGGUGAGGUGGAUGAAGAUCUUGAGCCAGAGGUGAAGGAUGAGUGUAACACAAAAUAUGGGGAUGUAUCUCGGGUAAUGAUACAUGAAGUGAUGGAUGUUCAACCAGAAGAGGCCGUUCGAAUCUUCGUUGAGUUUAAAAGGAUAGAAAGUGCCAUUAAAGCAGUGGUCGAUCUCAACGGUCGUUUCUUUGGUGGCAGACAAGUUAGGGCUGGAUUUUACUCCUGUGAGAAACUCGAUGCCUUGCAACUAAUGGACUGAGUUCGAAAGUCUAUCGAAAAAAGCCUGCUGACUAUGAAAAGUGAUUAGUUUCAGUAAGCAAGUGGUUUCGGUAAUUCUAGAACUUUUUUUUACCAAAUAAUUGCAUUUGCGCAACGUACACUCUAGACCUUGACUCCCUGCGUUGUUAUUCAAUUGUAAUUUUAAAUCAAGUAUGAAAUACAUCAACAUCAGUAGAUCA